AUGGAUAUCUCCCCGGAAAAAGGUCGAGCUGUGCUCAGUGCCGCUGCUGACGCCAAAGAAGAUCGUCAUGCCCGGCCCAUCCUAGAGUUCAACGCCGCCGCAAGCCUGAAGGAGAUUCUGGGGCACAGCUGCGCGGGGCCGGCGCCACUGGUGAAGCAACUGCUCACACUUCUCUCAGAGGCUGCGGAGGAAAAUUGCCAGGCGAGACGUGACGGUGCCAAGGCAUUGAUUGACUCCGCAGCGCAGGAUUUGCAAUGGAUUCUGGCCCUGUUUUGCGCUUCCUUUCUAGACGCUAGCGAGGUGGACGAUCCCGAUCUGGGCGACCUGGACAUCGGCGUGGCCUCGCCGGACGCCUCGCCGGCACCGGACGUGGCGGAAAGCGCGGGGACGGAGGUUUGGGCCUGUUGGCCCGGAGACGGUCGAUGGUUCCGCGCCAAGGUCACCAGCGUGAGAGGUAGCAGCGUGUCAGUGGCCUGGCUGCGGCGCGGCAGCGAGAAAGUGGGCGAGGAAGAUGAGUAUUUGUCCUCCACGGGUUGUGACGAGCUGUGCGAGCCUCAGGUCCUCCCUCGGGUUUGCGGUGAUCGUUGUGAGUGGCCGCGGCUGUAUGCUCAAGUGUUUCGAUGUGGCAGUCCUUUGCUGCAGGUGCCGCAUGGGCGGUUGCGUUGGUUCGAGGGUCCGGUGAGGUCCCAGCGUGCCAUUGCACGUGCCGCUGUGAAAUUGCGGAACAGCCCAGUGGUUGGAUCCUUCCUGCUCCGGCGUAUUUGGCCCGUGAAUUUUUGCGGUGACCACGGAGUUAGGGAGAGUGAUCAGCCACGACGAGUUGAAGAGGUGAUUUCAUCGACUGACGUGGAGCAACGGGCCAAGGAGCAGAUCGCGGCCUUGAAGUCUAGUUACCAUAUCGUCCUCACACCUGAUCGAGACAUAUACCCUGAACAGAUUUCAUUGGAAAACUCUGAUUUGUCUGGGUUUCGAAUUGUGGUGGGGAACGCAUUGCCCUUCGGAUUGGAUCACACCAACACUUAUCGCAUCAGGAAUCUACCAAUUGGGGCUGAAAUGGAUCAGUUUCGCAUGGAUGCCCGACACGCUGCCAAUGCUAUGGCAGUGAUUCCUGGAGUGGCUGUUGCCCCGGUUGGGGGUGUGGCGGGUGCUGGUGUCGUUCAGGCAGGUGGCGGUGCUCAAGGAGAUGAAGGUUCCAAAUGGCUCGUGGUUGAGACUGAUGGUGGCCGAGUCCGAGGGGAUCCGGUCACUUUAGAUGGGUCGGAAAUCAUUCAUGGAGCUGUUGGAUUGAAGUCACAGGAUGGGAGGUUCUAUGCUAUUCGACAGGUGCCGACCGCCGAGGUUGAGAAGUACGCUGGGAAGGAAGCUGCUGCAGAUGCCAGGUUGUUGGGCGUGGCCUUUCAGAACAAGUCGCGUGUUGAACGGCUUUGGCGAGAUGUUGCAAGUGAUAUGACCCAGGAAAGCUUCGAUGACUGGAAUGUCCCUGGACCGAGAACUGCGCAUUGGUGCUCGCAAUUCCUGAAUCGACGGAAUGGCGGGCCCACUGAACAUCACCGAUAUUGGGUUUCAAACAACGGAUUGACCUCUGACAUGUGGGGAGUCAUGGAACACGAGAACCUCAUGAAGGUGCUGGACAAAAUGGGCAGGUUUGAUGGGCUUGAUUUGUCGAACAUUGCAGCUGCAGAGAUGGCGUUUAGGCGAGUUCAACUGAUCGAGUACUUCUACUCGGACAAGGGGCCAGGGGGUGGGAAGGGAUCUGGGAAGGACAAGGACAAAAAGCAUGAAGACUUGUCCUACAAAUCCGAGGCUGCCAUCUUCACUGGAACUCAUCGUGAAUUUGGAGAUGUUAUUAUGGUAGCCCCAGAUCUCCUCGAAUAUGUGUCGAAAGAAGUUGAACGAGAUGCUGCCGUCCUCAAGCAGGUCCGCAAGGCCGGUUUGGGCUACGCAGGUGAAUCUUUGCCUGCCAGCUUGGCUGGGUAUUCGAGAGACCUUGUGUCUCUGCCUGAGGUUGGUGGUGUCCCUUCUUCUUUGGAUAACAUCUUUGGUUCUCAGGCUCCUUUAAUUUUGGAUACCUUGCGCCAUGAGCUUUUAUCCCCGGGGGUUGCGAAAGCCAGGGUUGUAGAUAGUGAGCUGCAGCGGCCGUACGUUGAUCCGAUUUUGCUUCAUCAGAAAGCUGUGUAUGCCGAUUUCAUCCAACGGCUAUUUCACUCGAAUCUGGUGGAGUUUCGUCUGAAGGCUCGGGAAAGUGUGGGAGUAUUUUUUGUGUGGAAGAAGUCGGGGAGACAACGCAUGGUGAUUGAUGCUCGGAAGUCCAAUUUAUGGUUUGAUACACCCCAUAAGGUUUCUUUGGCAACUGGAAGUGCUUUUGCUCGGAUUCAAGUUGAUGAUGGUCCACCCGUCCAAGUGGGCGGAGUGGAUAUCAGUGACGCGUUUUACCGUAUCGAACUUCCUUCUGAAUUCAGAGAUCUUUUCGCGCUCCCACCGCUCUCUGCGAGGGCGUUGGGUCUGACUGCUCUGGAGGGGCAGGCCAUUCCUGGAGGCCAACUUAUUUUUCCUUGUGUCCGGGUUGUACCAAUGGGUUGGAGCCAUGGUUAUGCCAACGUUGUCACGAAGUUGCAGUUGUUGUGGAAGCUGAGAUUUGCCAUUCUGCAGCUGAUUGAGGACGGCUGGGGCUCGGGGCGAUUGGUGGAAAAGAUUGUGGGGCACAUCACCUUUGCUGCUCUUCUUCGCAGAGAAAUCCUUUCAUGUUUGCAAGCUGUCUAUGUUUACAUUCGGAAGAGCUAUCAUGUUCACAGUCGUCUUUGGCCUGAAGUCAAGCGAGAAUUGCGAUGGGUUGCAAGUCUCCUUCCUCUCAUUCAAAGGGAUCUUUCUGCUGGUUGGGGUGAUUAUGUUCAUGCAACUGAUGCAUCGCAUUGGGGCCGAGGAGUUGCCCGCGCGGCCGUUCCCGCUGACAUGAUGAGGCACGAGUCGAAGUGGCAUGAUAGGUGGAGGUUUUCACGGGCUAGUGAGCAUGAUCUGCAAUCUAGAUUAGUCGAGGGUGCCAAAGGUGCUGAGGACAUCUUAGAGUUUGAGAGGGACCAACUGCAACAUGUGGGUGAACCCAUUGAUGAACUUUCUCCCGAAUUUCUUGACAGAGAAUGGACUCGGGUGGAGAGCAAUGCUUGGAGCCGUCGAGAGCCCAUCCCGGUCUUGGAAGGUCGGGCACUCGUUUGGCUGGUGCAGAACAUGGACAACUUGACAUUCCUCGAGACCAAGAAUGUAUCCAAGAGUCGAAACCUGUCGUACCAGAAGGCUUGGGAAGAGUUCCAGACAUUUGUGAGCAGAGAGCACAUCAAGACCUCCACGUUGAUGCAACUAGAUGCUGCCGCUGCGUGGUGGAUAGACCAGCUGUUUUUUGCCGGAGAAGAUGUCGCAACGGUCAUGACUUUCAUGGCAUCGGUGCUCCAACACAGGAGCGACGUUGUCAAGAUGGCGUCAAUGACACGAGCCAUGAGAUCAAUGAAGGGCUUCAAGAAGAUGGCGCCAGGCCAGAGCCGUGUGCCGCUCCCAUUUCCAAUGUUGUCAAGAAUCGUGGAACAAAUCGCCAAGGACCCGGACAACCGAAUGGUUUGCGUGUGGUUGCUCAUGACAUGGCACAUUGUCGGGAGACCGGGCGAGAUGUUGAAACUUCAAUGGCAGCAUGUGGUCGCACCAAAUCGCAUCAAUCCUUUCUGGUCAGUGAUCACCUCCCCAUCCUCGACCGAGGAAGGGUGUCAUCAACCAUCAAAGAUCGGAGAGAUGGACGAGAGUGUGACCUUGGACAUGGAAUUCCUGCAGUGGAUGAAGCCCCUCCUGAAGACUCUCAAGCAAAAUCAGGCACGGGGCAGCUUCGACCGAAGUGCUUUGCAGGAAGCAGCCCCUCGAGCAAGUGAUGAAGAAGGGCAGGUGGCGGACGUUGGUGUCAGUGAGGAGGUACGAGCAGGGAGGCAGACUCGCACAGGUUUUCGGGUUGCUUUCCGAAACGGAACAGAACAGAUGCUUAGAAGCCGAAAGAAAUUCAGCCCAGCUCUUGCUCCGCUCUUUUGGAUGCAACGUUCCCCACCUGCAUCGCUUUUCUUGGAACUCUUUGCAGGUGGAGGGGGCAUCUCGAAAGCGGUCAAGAAAGUCAUGAAAGGCAAAGUCACUGUGGUUACCAUAGAUAUCCUUCAGAGCACUGUGCAUGACCUUGAGAAAAAGAGUUUGCAAUCCUUCAUUGUUGACUUGAUCGAACGGGGCUUGGUAGUGGGAGUGUGGAUGGGUACACCAUGCACCAGCUGGAGUCGGGCUCGUCGCCAUGAUGGGAAAGGGCCACCUCCGCUUAGGUCCGAUGAGCAUCUAUGGGGCCUUGCAGGUCUCAACCUCAAAGACCAGGUUGUGACGGCCAAAGAUCGUCCUGCUCAAGCGGUGGUGGAAAAGGCGGACCGGUGGCGCCAGCAAUUGGGCAGGGUGGAGGAGCUGAGCCAGCGCUUUCGCAGUUUGCGGAACGCGUGCAACAAACUGGCGGCACAAAGUGCUGGACCGUUGCCACGCGAUCCCUUGCAGGGCUUAGCCGAACAACUGGCGGCGCUGCGCAGCGAGAGCGAGGCGCGGAUGGCGGACUUGUUGGGCGCAGCCGAAGCAAGAGCCAGCGCCGGUGGUGGCAUCAACGAACAGCUCAGCAGCAGCACGGAGGGCUUCCAGGUUGAGAUUGAUUCCAUGCACCAAGAGCAGCAGGCCUUGCAGAGUCGUUUGAAGCAGCUGCAAGCAGAACGCCAGGAUGUGUUGAAAAAGCUCCAGGCUCUAGACGAGGAGAUUGCGGUGGCCACUUCUGCGUACCAAGCUUCCACACAGCGUGAACGGCAGGUCCGCGCCAGCCAAAAACGGGUGGCGGGUGAGCUGAAACGCGAACUCUCCAUCGAAGAGGUGGAAGCGAGAAAAGUUGGAGAUCGUCAACGUUUGUUGAUGGAGGCCACCGCCGCUUCGAAAGAUAUCGAGGGCUUGCUGGAAUCCCGCACCGAAGCUGCCAAGGCUCGCCUGGCCGCCUGGGAGCAGCUGGGUGAACGGCAAGCGAAGGCGCAAGGCGUGUGUUUGCAGUCCGAAAAAGAGCGCGCUCGGGCCUGUGAGGAGCUCCUUGCCGGCUGGCAUGCCGCUGUGUGGGGUCCCGAUGCCCAGGAACUCUCCCAGGAUCCAAAGACCUUGUCGACGCUUCGGGCCUUGCACGGUCGCUCCUCCAGCUCCCUGCAACAGGCGUGGAAGGACACGGUGCAGCUGGCGGCGGAGUGCCUGGGCGAGGAUGGCUCGGAGGAGCUGAGUCGGGCGGCAGAGCGCUACAAAGCAAUGUUGAAAGAGAUCAAGAGCCACUUGCAAGAAGUCACUGGGUCGUGGCGCGGUCAGAUUUUUCACCACCAUCUGCUAUAG